AUGGAAGGUAGAAAGCUAUCCAAAAAACAAUUGUCGGCCAAAAAUGGCGAUCUUUCCAAUGAAGACGACGCUUACGAUGCUAUUUUCAGUGGAGAUUUUGGAUCGAUGGAGAUCGGCAACUACAUUGGUCCCAAUGAGGGCCAAACAGAACAUCUACCAGAUGCAGUGGAUUUCGAAGAUGAAGACGAACUAGCAGAUGAAGAACUGGUGGAUGACACGCAAGCCAGCCACACUGACGAUCCAGGACACAAUAAUGACGACUAUAUGACGCUCAUGGGUGGCCACGGUGCUAUUCUGGAUGGUGACAACCAUGGCUCGUACAAUGAUCAAAAUAACACGCUAUUUUUAGGAGUGGACGGAAACGAAGGACCCUAUCCAGAGACAGAGCACCAUGUUUUUGGAGGGUUCGCAGAUGAAAACCAGCUCGAGCUAGAAGAAAAGAGGAAACGGGACGAGCUUGAAAGAGCCGAACGAGAGCAGAAGGAACUGCUCACUUUCUAUUUUCCAAAAUUUCAAAAGGGGAAAGCCCUCAAGCUUCUCAGCAUCGUACCGAGACAACUUGCUCAAUAUCAGUGGCAGCGUGAACUCUACCUUUCAAAUAGACAUAUCAAACCGUUCAUGCCGCUCAAGCUCAAAUUCGAGGUGCAACCAGACUCACGUCGGCUUUUUAGGGCUAAAAGUAAAAAUUGGCAGUUCAUGAACCAACAAUCCAAGCGAAAGAAAUCGGGUCUCGUCACCGUUCCUCUAGAUGAAAUAUACGGAGAUAGCACGGUGCGCCAAGAAAGUAGGAAAAGCGAUGGGAAAAUACCAGAGGAGCUAUUAAUUAUGGCUGAUGAUUGGGAUUAUGGGAAAAUUGUGGGCGACACCGACACCGAGCCCGAAAGCAGCACAGAGAAAGCCGAAGGAACCACAAAUCAAAUGAUAUGUGAUUUCAAAGCUCCUCCAAUACAGGGUGGUCCCAACUGGGAUGAAGAAAAUCUGAUCGAAGGUAAAAUUUAUCAAAACAAGAUGUGCCUUGAUAUGAAUGACGAGAAAUUACUUUUCGUUCCGAGCAAGCACCGCGGAAGUAAGGACGCCAAUUCGAAGGCAGCACUUCUGGCUUUUAACGAAAAGACACUAACACAAAAGUUUAACAUCUCCAACGAUCACAAAUAUAAGAUCCUGAAAGAAAACUACCAAACUAAGAUCCGGUCAACGAUUUCAAACCUUACAAUUGAACAUUCACAGCCAGCUCUUAGACUACAAUCUCCCUUUUACAAAGUGGUACCGCCCAAGAGCGCAAUUCGUAGCUUUCAUAGGCCACACUUUGGCUGCUUGGUCCGCCCGGGUACUAACAUUGUCUUUAGCAAACUCAAAUUGCGAAAGAGAAAGAGAGAUAAGGGGAAGGAUGUUCGAGAGCUUUUCGCAAAAAGUCACGACUUGACUCUAGGAGACAGCGCGCCUAUAUUCUUGAUGGAAUAUUCGGAAGAAACUCCCAUGGCAUUGUCAAAAUUUGGGAUGGGUAACAAAUUGAUCAAUUACUACCGUAAGACGCAUGAUAAAGACAUUUCAAGACCAAAACUACCCGUGGGCGAAACCCACGUUCUUGGCGUCCAGGAUAAGUCGCCCUUUUGGAACUUCGGCUUUGUUGAACCUGGAAACGUCGUACCGACGUUAUAUAAUAACAUGGUCAGAGCUCCGGUCUUCAAGCACGAUGUGUCUCGCACAGACUUUUUGUUGGUUAGAAGUACAGGCAAUGGGAUGGGAAACAGGUUUUAUUUGAGAAAUAUCAACCACCUGUUCACAGUUGGGCAAACUUUCCCUGUUGUGGAGGUGCCAGGUCCAAAUUCAAGAAAAGUCACAUCCAUGGGAAAAAGUAGACUGCGAAUGGUCGUCUACCGGAUUUUGAACAAAUCCAUAGAGCACAGACUGUUAGUGAAGCAAGUCGCAAGACAUUUUCCAGAUCAAAAUGACAUGCAAAAUCGACAAAGAUUGAAAGAAUUCAUGAAGUAUCAGCGAGAUGGUGACGAUCACGGAUUUUGGAAGCUGAAGGAAUCCGAAACCUUACCAGACAACGAAAGUGUAAAGAAAAUGAUAGUUCCCGAGGACGUUUCGUUGACAGAGUCCAUGUAUCAUGGACAGCAAUUCCAGGACGACAAUGAGCAAUUCAACAUCGAUGAGAAGCUGAUCAAACUUGAAGAGAAUCUCAUACCAUGGGCGGCCACUAAGAACUUUCUCAACGCAACCCAGAUGCGCGCCAUGGUACAGAUUCACGGUGCCGGUGAUCCUACCGGCUGCGGAGAGGGGUUUUCAUUUCUGAAAACUUCCAUGAAGGGGGGGUUUACGAGGUCUGGAUCAGACUUGUCUCAACAGCAAAUAGCAGGGGGUCAUAGCUAUAACGUGGCCCAACAACAGAAAGCAUAUGAGGAGGAAAUCAGCAAAACAUGGUACACACAGGCUAAAAGCUUGAAAAUAUCCAAUCCUUUCGAGGAAAUGGAAAACCCUGAUGUUGUGAAUAAAACAAACAAAAAGGUCAAAUCACAUCGUCCAGACAAUAAAGUGCUCAGAAUAGUUCGGAAAACGAGAGAUGAGAAUGGUAUCAUCCAAAGGCAAACGGUUGUAAUCAGAGAUCCAAGAGUGAUACAAGGAUACUUAAAGGCUUACGAACGGAAACGUGAAGAAGCCGAAGCCAACCUUGGCUUGGAUGAAUUAAUGAAUGACAAUAUUGACCUGGUUAGUGGAGAAAACACCGAGGAAAAACAAUUGAAGCAGAAGAAGCUGCUAGAAGAGCAGUUAGCCAAGUUGCAGAAAUCUCAAGAGAGGAGACAAGCGCGCAAGCUGGCUAAAGAGAAGACCAAGGACGGCAAAGUCACCAAAUCGAAAUCAACAAAUAGAAGGUGUGCCACUUGUGGCAUGGUGGGACACAUUAGGACUAAAAAGACAUGUCCCAUGUAUAACGGUUCUGCGGGUCCUGGAAUGGCAGGGGCGCCCGCAGCCAAUGCCCCCUCCGGAAGCCCACCUGAAGAGCCUGUGGGUGUCAAGGGCGAGGAAUAG